AACUAUACAAAACAUUUCCUGUGCAUUGAAAUAUAUUUAUUAUAACUUUUCAAGUGAAAUAAUAUACAACAAAUUUAUCAAUCAUGACAUCUGAAGAUUUCACAAAUACUCCUCCAGAAGAUUCAGAUGAGAGGAGCAAUAAUGAUGAAGUAACCCACAAUAAACCCGAAACGUUGUUUACUUAUUUUACAAUAGGAACUGCAUUCCUGCUGAUAAUGGCGGGAGGCUCCACGUUAGUCUGGUCCUCACCAGCCGUGGUACAAAUGAAACUAGCAGACCCCAUCGAAAACCCCUUAAGCAAACCCAUCGAAGCCCCCGAGCUCUCCCUUCUAAUCGGUCUACCCACCGUAGGCGGUCUACUCGGCUGCUUCGUCAUACCGAAACUCUCGGACAUCGUCGGCAGGAAACGCACCCUGCUCACCAUCGGCUCAAUCUGGCUGCUCGCCAUGAUCGCCACAUCAUUCAGCCACAAUCUAACCACAUUCGUAGCAUUCACUUGUGCAUCAGCAGCCAUGCAAUCGGCCAGUUUCGUAGCAGUACCGAUCUACCUCACGGAAAUCUGCCAGUACCACAGCAGAGCCCAGCUGGGCUGCAUCCUGUCUCUAUUCCUGCCCAUCGGAGAGCUGUUCACUUACUCAGCGGGCUCGGCGUUGAGCGUUAGAGACUUCACCUUGGUCAUCUCUACACCGCUGAUGGUGUUCCUGGUGCUGUUCCAUCUAGCUCCUGAGAGUCCCGUGUAUUCCCUAACCAAAGGUAGAGCGGAAGAGUGUCGACGAUCGUUGAGGAAGCUCAGAAGCAACAAAUCGGAGAAGGAGGUGAACGGUGAAUACGAUCAGAUUAGAGCUCAUUUGGAUUCGCAGGAGGGUGAAAGCGGAAAGGAGUUGGUGAUAUUGGGGCUGUUGAAGACCAAAGAAGGGAGGUUGGGGUUGGUGUUCGGUACUAUACAGAUUUUAAUACAAUUUUUGACCGGCGGUACUUUGGUGAUGCAAUUAAUGGGGCCGAUUUUCGACGAAGCGAACACCAUUUCGGGUAACACCAUAGCGAUCAUCGCCGGUGCUGCUAAAGUGGUGUUUUUCCUGCUGGCUUCGUUUUUAGUAGAAAGAACUGGUAGGAGACCGUUACUGAUCGUAUCCUGCGUUGGUACUGGGAUUUCCACGGCGGUACUGUGUGUGUAUUUUUAUUUAAACUACACCAACGAUCCUGUUGUAGAUGAUUUGAAACUGCUACCGCUCGGAGCUGUGUUGUUCUAUAUUAUGUCGUAUUCGAUGGGGAUCGGGCCUAUUCCUUUGGCUGUAAUCAGCGAGAUGUUUCCAUCGCACGCUCGAUCUGUCGCUAUUAGUUUCAUUUGCAUGUUCUGCGGGGUUGUAUUGGCUGUUUAUAAUUCUUGUUAUCCGAUUCUGGCGGAGCAGGCUGGUACUCAUUGGUGUUUUUUUAUGUUUUGUUUGUUCAGUUUUGUUGGAGCUGUUGUGGUUUAUUUUGUUUUGCCGGAAACUAAGGGUAAAAGCGACGCGGAAAUCCGGCAAAUUUUAAUGGAUUAUUGAGGUGGUUUGUUUUGUAUUUAUUAGUAGAUUUAAUUUAAUUCUCGAGGUGUUUUUUUUAAUGUAUGGAAGCCUUAUCAGUGGAGAUUAG